AACACGGCCACCUUCUCGUUCACUAGGAACGCCGUAAGACACACUGAAUAACGCACCCGACAUACGCAAAUACGUUCAUCUUGAAAGCAGACCAUUUGGCGUCCUACGGCCACCCAAGAAACUUUCGCUUCCCCACAGCCAGGACAGCUCAACAAUUACCCCACCUACAGUCGAUCCUGAUAUUUUCUACCGGACAGCUCUCUCGCCUUCACUUCUUCCUGCCUCUGCCUUCAUUCCCCUCUCAUCGUAUAGUUUAGAGCCGGACAUGGCGAUGGACCUGGGGCCUUGCCCAUAUCUCACAAAUGAGGACCCUAUCAGAAUCUUAUUAAGUGUUGAAGUCGAACACUUUGACGAUAACGGGAACCCAUGCCUACCCCCAACACCUCAACAACCUGCGCCGGAUCCUCUGUGGAUUACGCCACCUCCCAGCGGCGAAGAUGAGCUCAAGAGUGGGAAAGCGGUGCAUGUUGCACAACAAUGAUUGUCUCCAUCCGCCUUACAAAAAUCCAUACCCGACCGAUUCGGAGGCUCUUUGCAGCGUCAUUAUCCGUCGUCAUAGGUGUGCUUUGCCUGCAGUUAGACCAUCAUAGCCUCGACUCGCUUUGUUCGCUGUCUGUUGCUCUGGUUAUGUUGUCCAUCUGUUCAUCCAAUUCCUUCUUUACUUGCUGUUCCAUUCCUUCCUCAAAAUAGAUUCUCGGUUGUCAAUUGUUGAUGCAUUCCUUCGCUCGGUAUACAUUUCAGGUUCUUAUAUCUUUUCCGACUCAGGUAAGGAACUGUGAAUGCAGUAUGUGGAUCGGAGUAUCAAGUUGAAUACCAUAUCGCUCUUGCAUUCUC